UCCUCGCAAUGGGCUUCGAGCCGGAACGAGUCGAGUGGGCUCUCCAUUCCACUGGCAAUUCUGGGCUACAGUCAGCUCUCGAUCAUCUGGAAGCCAACCAAGACAAGCCCAUACCAGACUACAAGAGCCAGCCUGCAGGCGUAGGAGCAAGCUCCAGCGGCUCAGGUGAAGCUGAUUACGACGAUGAGGAAAAGGCAGCGUUGAUGGACAUGCUCAAGAACAAGGGCCAGGGAGCAGUCGAUUCCGCAACGGCAGGAGGAGAAGCCAAGUCGAUCAAAUGCACUGACUGUGGCAAAGUGCUGAGGAAUGCAGACUUUGCCUCUUUCCACGCCGAGAAGAGCGGCCACACCAACUUCGAAGAGAGCACAGAAGAGAUCAAGCCUCUGACAGAGGAGGAGAAGAAGGAGAGGCUCGCCCAGAUGCGAGCAAAGCUAGCAGAGAAGAGGGCGGCGCAGUCUAAGAUCGAUGCCGAAGAGGCGAGGGCUAACGAGAAGAUUCGUAGGAAGGCGGGACAAGACCAGACGCUUGCGGUCGAGGAGAUGAAGAAGAAGGAGGCCAUCAAAGACCAACAACGCAAGGCUGCCGAGAAGAAGGCCGAGCUCGAAGCAAAAGCACGGGUCAAAGCUCAGAUCGAGGCAGACAAGCGAGAGCGAGCAGACAAGGCUGCCCGCGAUAAGGCGCUACGGGAAGGGCGUACCCAGGAAGCCACCCCUGCCGCGCCCACGCAGGCUGCUACCCUACCCAAGCCUGCCGCUUCCACGUCCAAUGAGAGCCGGCUAAGGAUUCGAGCCCCAGGUGGGCAGUGGAUGGGGACAUUGCCGGCAGAGACUACACUUGCGCAGGUGGAGGACAUGGUGCGGAAGGACGGCAAGGCGAGCGGGCCUUUGAAGUUCUCUCAAACGUUCCCACGCAAGUUCUUUACCGAUGCCGAGAAGGCCCAGUCGCUCAGGGAGCUGGGUCUGGUGCCCAAUGCUGCCCUCGAGGCAAGUAGCGCUUGAGCGAAGGGGGUUAAAGAAAAAAGGAAGAUGAUCUGGAGGCCAG